AUGGGAGGCGAGUCGCGAUUGUCGCCGCCCGCGACGCCCCGGACGACCUCCGCGAAGGCGCGCCAUGCAGCGCCUUCUACGCCGUCGGGCAUUGUAGAAGACGCUUCGACGAAAGCACGUGUGAUUCCUGCUAGUGUGCGAGCGGACGGAUCUGUACGCAAGGAACGUAAAGUACGGCCUGGGUUCACACCUUCCGAAGACAUUGCGCGUUUCCGGCCCUCGCGUCUACGUGAAAAAGAGGGAGAAGCACCGUCGCCGCGACGCCGUGGCGUGAACUGGAUGGAUGUGGCGGCACACACGACGCCUCGGCGGCCUCGUGAGGAGGCCCGGACAACGCCGUCCAAGGCGGCGGGUCCAGCGCCGUCGGCACGCCCCUCUACCUCUCCCAAGCGCACAUCCAGCGAUAUCGACGCGCUAGAACAUCAAUUGGCAUCACUCUCUAUGGAGGGCAAAAAAGCAUAG